AUGACCGCCACCAAGAUCGAUGGCACCGCCGUGGCCAAGAGCUACCGCGAGAGGAUAGCUCGCGAGAUCGCUGAGAAGCAGGCCAAGAACCCUCGCUACAAGCCCAGUCUGGUCAUCAUCCAGGUCGGAGACCGUACCGACAGCUCGACCUAUGUUCGCAUGAAGCUGAAGGCCUGCGAAGAGGCCAACAUCGACUGCAAGCUCGAGAAGUAUGACGAGUCCAUCUCCCAGUACGAGCUCCUCGAGCAGAUCGAAAAGUUCAACAAUGACUCCAACGUCCACGGCAUGCUGGUCCAGCUUCCUCUACCCAAGCAGAUCAACGAGUACGAGAUCACGUCUGCCGUGGCCGACGAGAAAGAUGUUGACGGAUUUGGUGCCAUCAACAUUGGUGAGCUGGCCAAGAAGGGAGGCAAGCCUUUAUUUGUCCCAUGCACACCCAAGGGUGUCAUGGUGCUUUUGAAAGAGAGCGGCGUUGAGCUCAAGGGAAAGAAUGCCGUUGUUCUGGGCAGAUCGGACAUCGUUGGUGCUCCUGUCAGCUACUUGCUGCGUAACGCGGACGCCACGGUGACUGUGUGUCACUCGAAGACCGAGAACUUGAAAGAGGUUGUGAAACAAGGAGACAUUGUCAUUGCAGCCAUUGGCAAGCCUGGCUUCGUCAAGGGCGACUGGUUGAAGCCAGGUGCUGUUGUCAUCGAUGUCGGCACGAACCCAAUCCCUGAUGACACCAAGAAGUCUGGCCAGAGACUUGUUGGAGACGUCGACUACGAGUCUGCUGUGGAAGUCGCCAGCCAAAUUACACCAGUACCUGGUGGCGUAGGACCAAUGACAGUGGCCAUGCUUCUGUCGAACGUAACGGAAGCUGCAGACGCCUACUUCGAUCGCCAGAAAGCGAGACACAUUACACCUCUCACUCUCAAGCUCCAGAAGCCUGUUCCUUCUGACAUUGCGGUUUCACGUGCGCAGCACCCAAAGCUGAUCAACAAGGUCGCUCACGAAGUCGGUAUUGCACCUUACGAGCUUGAGCCGUACGGUGCCUACAAGGCUAAAGUCUCGCUGGAUGUAUUGAAGCGUCUCGAGCACCGCAAGAAUGGUCGUUAUAUUCUCGUUGCCGGCAUCACGCCUACACCUCUUGGCGAGGGCAAGAGCACGACCACUAUUGGUCUCACCCAAGCUCUCGCUGGCCAGCUCAACCGCAUUGCAUUCGCCAAUGUCCGUCAACCUUCCCAGGGCCCUACCUUUGGCAUCAAGGGUGGAGCCGCAGGUGGUGGAUACAGUCAGGUCAUUCCCAUGGACGAGUUCAACUUGCACUUGACUGGUGACAUUCACGCCAUCACUGCUGCAAACAACCUCUUGGCUGCAGCUAUCGACACCAGAAUGUACCACGAAGCGACGCAGAAGGAUGGCCCACUCUACCGACGUCUCAUUCCAGAGAAGAAGGGCAAGCGAGAGUUUCCUACUGUCUUGCUCAAGCGUCUAAAGAAGCUCGGAAUCAACAAGGCCGACCCAAAUGAGCUCACCGACGAAGAGAUCACCAAAUUCGCGAGACUUGACAUCGACCCUGAGACCAUCACCUGGCGUCGCGUGCUCGAUGUCAAUGACCGACAUCUUCGUGGCAUCACUGUUGGUCAGGCACCCACUGAGAACAAAGUCGAGCCCAGACAGACCGGCUUCGACAUUUCAGUGGCUUCAGAGUGUAUGGCCGUGCUCGCACUUGCAACCGAUCUCGCUGAUUUGAGGGACCGUCUCGGCCGCAUGGUUGUAGCUUCUUCAAGAGCAGGUGACCCAGUCACAGCCGAUGAUCUCGGCUGCGGCGGUGCCCUUGCUGUUUUGAUGAAGGACGCCGUGAAGCCGAACUUGAUGCAAACGCUCGAAGGUACUCCUGUCUUCGUCCACGCUGGACCAUUCGCAAACAUCAGCAUUGGUAACAGCUCGAUCAUUGCUGAUCGCGUUGCGCUGAAGUUGGCGGGUACUGAGCCUGAGGAAGAAGCGGAGCGAAACGAGAAGGUCGGCUUCGUCGUCACUGAGGCCGGUUUCGAUUUCACCAUGGGUGGCGAGCGCUUCAUGAACAUCAAGUGCCGCAACUCUGGUCUUGUACCUGAUGUCGCUGUCAUCGUUGCCACUGUCCGUGCGCUCAAGGUCCAUGGUGGUGGCCCAGAGAUAAAGCCAGGCGAACAACUGAACGAGGUCUACCGCACUGAAAACAUCGACAUCCUCCGCAAGGGUUGCGUCAACCUCGCGAAGCACAUUCAGAAUGCCAAGUCUUAUGGCGUCAAGGUCGUUGUUGCCAUCAACAAGUUUGAGACUGACACUGACGCCGAGCACCAAGUGGUUCGCGAGGAGGCUUUGAAGGCUGGUGCUGAAGAUGCCAUCACCGCCAACCACUGGGCAGAGGGCGGUGUCGGUGCUCUAGACCUCGCCAAGGGUGUUAUCGCCGCCUCUGAGAAGUCCGAGCCCGAGAAGUUCCAGCUGCUCUAUGACGUCGAAGGCUCUGUGCAAGACCGGAUUGAGGCCAUCGCCAAGAAGAUGUACGGUGCCGCAUCUGUCUCGUUCUCAGAGAUUGCGCAGAAGAAGGUCGACACCUACACCCAGCAAGGCUUCAGCAACCUACCAAUCUGUGUCGCCAAGACGCAGUACUCUCUUUCCCACGACCCAGCAUUGAAGGGUGCACCAACUGGCUUCGAUAUCCCGAUCAGAGAUGUCCGCAUGGCUGCUGGAGCUGGCUACCUGUACGCUCUGGCCGCAGACAUCCAGACCAUCCCCGGUCUUCCCACCGCCCCAGGCUACCUGAACGUCGAGAUCGACGGCGAGACCGGCGAAAUCGACGGCCUGUUCUAA